ACAUUUUCCUCGUCUAAAACAUCAGCUCCUCCCUCUCUAAAAGUCUCUCUCCGCUCUCUCUCUCUCCUCCUCUCGCUCGCACGGCGCGCAGUCGCACUCUCGACCCGUCGCCGCCGCCGCAACCGCCGUCGCCGGAACCUCUCUCGAUCUCCGGCCUCCGCUUGCGCCCCGCGCAACCCAUCCGCCGCGCCUCGCUAGCCGAUUGGCCGUCGGAACCCGGGUGCACUUGAAGAUGGGUGUUUCUCGAUAGGUGGAAAGGAUUUGAUUUUUUUGAGGAUUCCAGUUGUGAAAAGGGAGGCCAUGGCCAUUGGAUUUAUUCAUUCUUGGUCCGUCGGGGCAUAACCGUGAAUGUUUGUGCAUCUAUUACAGGGGAAGCUUUCCCAAUAUUCUGCACCCGAAACUUCUGAAAGAUCACCGAGAACCUUGCAGGGAUCGGGCAUCUGGGUAUUGCAUGCGAGAGAAAUGGAUCCUAAUCGCUACGGUCAUCAGCAAGGAUGGGAAAAUAACAGCGCUUUGGAGGGUUAUAGUUCCGCACAUGAGCCUAAUUUUAGGGUUGGUUCGUAUGAUGAGAGAAGGUUUUUAGAUGACAGAUAUGCGUACCCUUUGGAUAGGGACGCUUAUCCACCUCCACCUUCUGCUGGUGGGUUUUGGCCCCAAUCAAGGAGGAGGAAUUAUGAAGAUGAAUAUCCACUUGAAAGAGAGUCUAGGCGACAUGAGAAGCCAUAUAUUGAUGCAUACAAUGAGAUGGAUACAUUUCGUGAUCGCGAUUCAUCAUUUCAAGAUUACGACAAAUUGCGAGAUGGCUAUCAUGGAAUUGACAAUCUUCGUGAUCGCGAUCUUGAUCGGCCUGCUAGGCUUGGAGGACGGGAUCGUGAUGACUAUCCAUAUGAUGACUAUGGCCAUAGGCCACGUACUUCACAGCAUAGAGAGGAUAGCCGUGAAAAGGAUUACGGCCAUGGUCGACAUAGUUAUGACUCUGAUUAUGACAAAAGCAGUAGGAGAGAUGUGAACUUUAGGAGGCGUGAGUACCGUGACCGUGAACACGACAAAAGAAGUUCGAAUCGGGAAAGGGAUCACAGUCCAUAUGGAAGAUAUGAACCAUCUCGGUCUCGUUCGCGAUCCCGAUCGCCGUCUCGAUCCAGGUCCCAUGGACGUGAUGAUCAUAUAAAGUCUAGGUCUCCCAGAAGUAGAAGCCGUGGUCGCAGUCAUCGCGAGGACAGUUAUGAUGAUGAUCGAUACGAUAGGGCUGAGAGACGGAGGGACCGUGAGGACAAGCGCCAACGUGAACAUUACGGUGUGGCCCCAUCUGCUACUGUUGUGGUGAAAGGUCUCUCGCAGAAGACAACUGAGGAGGAUCUAUAUCAGAUCCUUGCUGAGUGGGGACCUCUUCGCCAUGUACGUGUGAUUAAAGAACGAAAUUCUGGCCUGUCACGUGGGUUUGCUUUUAUCGAUUUCCCUUCUGUGGGAGCAGCAGAAGCAAUGAUGGAGAAAGUUGGGGAUGAUGGCCUUGUUGUUGAUGGCAGGAAACUUUUUUUUGAGUACAGUAGUAAGCCAACUGGAGUUUCAGGAGGCUUUGGUCAAGAGAGUUCUGUCAAAUCAGGCCAUGGUAGCUAUAGGAGUAUCAUGGUGCCUUCUGAUUGGAUGUGCACGAUUUGUGGUUGCGUUAAUUUUGCAAGGCGAACAUCUUGCUUCCAGUGUAAUGAGCCACGAACAGAUGAUGCUCCACCAGCAGAUAUGAUAUCGAGCCAAUCAACAUUAGGGAAGAAGGGACCGGAGGCAGGGCCAACACAUGUUUUGGUGGUGCGCGGGUUGGAUGAAAAUGCUGAUGAAGAAAUGAUUCGAUAUGAAUUUUCCAAACAUGCUCCAAUCAAAGAUCUUCGUCUUGUCAGAGACAAAUUUACUCAUGUUUCAAGGGGAUUUGCGUUUGUACACUUUUAUUCGGUUGAGGAUGCAACUAAAGCUCUUGAAGCUACAAAUGGGACAACACUUGAGAAGAAUGGGCAGAUACUUCGAGUAGCAUAUGCAAAAAGUGUUCUUGGUCCAGGAUCAGGGCCAUCAGCGUCGUCUCAGUCGAGCAGCCUAGCUGCAGCAGCAAUUGAGGCAGCAACAUUUGCUCAGCAAUAUGAUGCUGUUGGAUGGGCCCCAAAGGAAUAUAACCCGGAAGACAAACAAUCUACUGGUGGACAGGAACAUGGGAGUGGAGAGUUAUCUGCUAAAAAAGAUGGUUCAGCUCCACAAUCUGGCUUUGUGUGGGAUGAAGCAUCUGGUUACUAUUAUGAUGCUGCCUCCGGGUUCUACUAUGAUGGAUCUUCAGGUCUUUAUUAUGAUGGUAAUAAUGGCAUCUGGUAUUCGUUUGAUCACCAAACUCAGCAAUAUAUUCCUUGCACCGAUCAAAAUGCCAGCUCCUCAUCUAAUAAGCAAUCUGAGCCGACUAAAGGAUCAGAUAGUUCCAGUAAUAGGAAGGUUGUGAUCUCUGCGCCAGCUGCAACGAUAAGCUCAGCUGACAAGGCAGCUUCGCUACCAGAUGCAGUGCAGGCUGCUGCAGCGGCUGCAAUAGCUGCAGAAAAGAAAGAGAAGGAGAAGCUGAAGGAGAUCAAACUUGCUUCCAAAAGUAGUAUCAUGGCCAGCAAAAAGAAGAUGAGCAAUGUGUUGACAAUGUGGAAACAGAGGAGUCAUGAAGGACAAGCUACCCGUGUGGCCCUGGAUGACAACCCACUAUCUGCUUCUGCUGAUGACAAAUCAUUUGGUGUUGGACAAUCCAUCAAGGGGAAGGUUAAACCCGACUUGAAUACCAUAAGGAAUGGUACCACAUCAAAUGCAGGAGUUAGCACUGCUAUACCUGCAGUCCAGAAUGUUACUUCGGAGUCUCAGGGAAAACCGUGGCCUGUUAGCAAUAGCUCAGGCGGGGCUUUGAUGGGUGUUAUUAGGGGCUCCGGAAGAGGUUCAUCUUCUUUGACAAAUACCGAUGCAUCAACCGGCGUCACUCCAUUCAAAACAGAUGCAUCUGCUUUGGGUUCCUAUACACCACCUUCGGCUGCUGGGAGUGGCAAGAGGAGAUUCUCUGAAAUGCCUUUGAGUUCUGCUUCUAUUAACAGGGAACAACCUCAGUUGAGCUAUAGGGAUCGAGCUGCUGAGAGGAGGAGCUUAUAUGGAUCUUCUGUUGGAGAUGAUAUGUUGGACCAUGACACCUUGGAUUUGAAUCGAGAUCUGGCCUUCAAAAAGAGUUCUUUGGAUUCAAUGCCAUUUCCCCCUGGAGUAGGGGCCUCACGUGGGGCUGGAGAUGCAAGUGUCACUCCUCAGAGCUAUGAGGUGAUUACAGCAGAAAAAGCAAUUGAUGAGAACAAUGUAGGGAACCGGAUGCUCCGCAGCAUGGGCUGGCAUGAAGGCUUGGGACUGGGGAAGGAUGGUAGUGGCAUGAUAGAGCCUGUCCAAGCACAAUCGAUGGAUAGGAGAGCAGGUCUUGGGAGUCAGCAAAAGAAGCUUGAUCCUAGCCUAGAGGUGCAAGCUGGGGAUAGCUACAAGACUCUUAUUCAAAAGAAGGCCCUUGCUAGGUUCCGGGAAAUGUCUUAGACUGAAAUAUGCUGAUAAACAAUAGCUGAUCUUAGUUGUCGAUGUAUUUAUUGGAAGCAAGCACAUUGGUGUUGGUCUCGGAUGGUUGGUGUAUAUGGAAAGGUAAGGAGAGCAUUAAAUUUGCUUGCCAUUCCCCUUUGAGAGUUAAAUUCCAGAAAUAUGUUAUUUUUUGAGAAUUAGUGAUCGAAAUGUAACUUACGACGGUUUAAUGUUUUUGUUCGAACCAUCUAUCAUCAGUUGAAUUUUGAA